CUGAACAUCGUUCUAGUACGACAAAUGCUGCCUGUUCAUCACUGCUUUGAGUCGCCCACCUAUGGCGACCGACCUCGGAGCCCUGCCUUUUUUCUCGGGCGAUCCGGUGACGGAAUGCGCAGAUGGGACUCUUUCACCGCAGGAGGAUCCGAAAAGGUUUCUGUAGUUCUUCAACAUGGAAGCGAGAUUGUCUCUCGUAGACUUCGUGCUGGUGCUACAUAGCUGGUCCUCCACUUGCUUCGCUUCCUCCCAGCCACCCAGCCAGCAAUUUUCGUCCGUUCUGGGAGUCUGUGCGCUGAGGACAGUUCUAGAGCGGCACCUGAUCGCUCGAGUCACAACCUCAAAGAGAAAGAGGUUUCUGCCAGCUGUCUGGCCAUGUCUGGCCCCUUGCUCGAUGUCUUCCAGAGACUCGCCCUGCGGUGCCGAACGGGUGGUUUCCUUAGACCGACCUGGAGCCGUGCCCCUUAGGCACGCGGAAAGCGAAUUCAACCCGCAGCCUCACAGAGAGGUUCUUAGAGUCUUAGAGUGUGAUCCACAAUGCAAAACAAUCUCAGCAGCAACUUCAGUUCCUCCUCCUCUUGUGAGGGACCAGUCCGGCUUUCAGGACUGCGAAGCGCCUGUGAUCACUCUGCACUGCCAGUCCAUGACUGCCAGGGUCACACUUGACCAGGCAGCUGUUGCAUCCCUUGACCAAGCGGCGUUUCGGCCAGGCCACAGAGCUUGGAAAGCAAAGUUCACCUUCUCGUUAAAUCGAUGCUUCAGAAGAGCCUGCUGCGUCUGGAGUGGA